AUGUCAAGUCAAGAUGGUGAAGAUGUUGUUGAAGUCCAUGUUAUCCGUCAGGAUGAAAACUGGGGUGUUGGUCCAAGUGGUCGCGCUACUUCAAUAGCUACAUCGGAUAGAUCAGCAGGUAUGGGCAAUGUAACUUUUCGCCGAGAUCAUGAUGACGAUGACGAUGAAAACCCUGCACCUUGGAAUUCAUUGCUUUCAAUUGGGGUUCCUAUUGCCGUGGGUACUUUAGCUUUAUUGACGCCUCUUAUUUUCAUUUUACUCCCUUUCAUGAUGGGAACAACAUGGCAACUUUCGAAUUGUGGUAAUUAUUGUAACGGCUCAUAUUUAACUCUAGCUAUCAAAGAGAUUAUCCUUCUAAUUGGCAUAUGGGCGUUGUAUAGUAGACACCAUUCUCAUUAUACAUUACCACGUCUAAUAAGCUACAAGCUAUUUGUAUUAUCGUUAGUUUUGAUGGUGACCAUCUGUUAUUGGAUUUACUAUGUUGUCGCUGUCAUUAUACCCAAGUCUUCCGAUUAUGCAUCUAUUGUCGAUCUCGCCGUCUCUUUAGUUGAUAUCUUUCUUUUCCUUCAUUAUAUUUCGUUAAUAUUGUUGGAAAUUCGUCAGCAACGGAAUCAUACACAAUUCAUACUUAAGGUUGUUCGCGAUCCUGACGGUCAGCAACAAUAUUAUCAUCUCCACCGUACCAGCAUUCAAUUAGCAGCGUUGACUAUAUUGCAAUAUUAUUAUCGUGAUUUUACUGCAUAUAAUUCGGCUAUGGAGAAAAUGCUUGAACGCUAUGUUGGCCGUAGUCAAACAGCAUUAACAUUAUAUGAUAUUGACGGCCGUUCCGGAGACGUCGAAGCGAUGAGUACCCGCUCGCGUUCAGUUAUUACGGCUUCGACCAAACGAGGUGCAGGUAGUGCUAUUAACGGUAAUCGCAAUGAUAGGUAUCACAAUGAAACUGAAUUUUAUAAAAGAAUUGAUAAAAGACGAGCUCGACUAAUUGCUGCAGCUGAAGAAGCCUUUGAACAUAUUAAUCGUUUACGCCAAGAUGAGCAAGACAGGAGUGGACCACCAAUGAACCCAGAUGAUGUUGCUCAUGCAAUAUUUCCGUGUAUGGCGCGUCAAUUACAAAAAUAUUUAAGAGCCACUAAGCAACAAACAUGGUAUAAAAUCGACUCUAUCUUGAGGCAUCUAUCACAUUGUGUAGCUUUAGGUGCAACUUCAAAAACUUUUUUGCAGCGCUAUUUAACAACUCGACACUGUGCGAUCCCAUUAGAAGAUGAUGAUCGUAAUAAACCACAUCAUUGGUCUUUAGAGUCGGAAUUACCUGCACAUAAAUCACUCCAUGAAGGAGCUUGGUUCGUCUUGAAACGAAAUGAGGUCUCAUUAAUUGUUAGUGUAGUUAGAUUGCCUCAAUAUAAUAUAACUGAACAUACACUUGAUCAUACUGGUAGAAGAAUUCGUUUGAAUCCUAAUCCUGAAACAUCAGUUUAG